AAGAGCUGAUGAAUGCACUGGAAAAGACUAGACAAGAAUUAGAUUCUACCAAAGCCCGUCUUGCCUCAACACAGCAGUCUUUGGCUGAAAAAGAAGCUCAUCUGGCUAACCUGAGAAUAGAGCGAAGAAAACAGCUUGAAGAAAUUCUAGAAAUGAAACAGGAAGCUUUGCUUGCUGCAAUUAGUGAAAAAGAUGCAAACAUUGCCUUGCUUGAACUGUCUGCUUCAAAGAAAAAGAAGACCCAAGAGGAAGUAAUGGCUCUUAAACGAGAGAAGGACAGAUUAGUACAUCAGUUAAAACAGCAGACACAAAACAGAAUGAAACUGAUGGCAGAUAACUAUGAUGAUGACCACCACCACUACCACUACCAUCACCACCACCACCAUCAUCGAUCUCCGGGGAGGCCACAACACUCCAACCACAGACCCUCUCCGGAUCAGGAUGAUGAGGAGGGUAUAUGGGCAUAGCCGUUCCUAUAAACCAAAGUUCCAGUUUUGUUUUGAGGGAUGAUCCAGUCACUGUUGGAGGCACAUAGCCACGGCAAAAUCUCAUGCUGUACAUUGAUCACCUGUCCAACCUUUGCCUAGAGUGUGAUCCCCAGUUCCUUCAAGAGAUCCAUCUUUACCUGUCUAUAAAGAAGAAGAGGAGGAGGGAGACAUCUGGGAUAUUCAAGUAUCAAAGUUUAACACCAGAGCAGG